AUGAAUUUCACCGAACACGACGACGAUGAGCCCGGACCAGAGUCUCCUCCGUUUGAUUCUACUCACAAGGAUGAGUGUGCUGAUGGCAUCAUAAAUGAUGAUCGCGACAUGAUGUUCACGUCUUCGGAUACAGGAAAUGCUGAUGAUUCCAUUGAUGAACCACUAUCAAAUCAUUGCUUUGACAAGUGGCAAACGGAUGGUGGGGUUGUUGAAUGUCUCCCUGAUUAUAUUGUAUAUCGUGAUAAAUAUUCUACAGACUCUGUGGUAACCUUUUCAAACAGUUACAUUAAGAUAGAGGGAUAUUGGCAAGCUGAAAAUUUUGAAUUUCAGUGGGGAGUUGAUCAUAUCAUGAAUAUUGAAUGUCAGUGGUGUGAGAGAAGUGAAUUCAAAAGGAACAGCACCAACCGAAGACGUACACGGACAUACAGUUUCGAGGACUCUUUUGAAGAUGUUAUAUAUCCGAAAGGGGAUCCAGAUGCUGUGUCCAUAAGUAAGAGAGACGUUGAUCGGCUGGAACCAGAGAUAUUUGUCAAUGAUACAAUUAUCGACUUCUAUAUUAAAUACUUGAAGAAUAAAAUCGACCCCAGCGAGAGACACAGAUUUCACUUUUUCAACAGUUUUUUCUACCCGAAACUGGCUGAACUUGGCAAAAGUCUAUCUAGUUCUGUUGAAGGCCGAGCUGCAUUUCGGAGUGUUCGUAGAUGGACACGAAAAAUUAGUUUAUUUGAGAAGGAUUACAUCUUUGUUCCCGUAAAUUUCAAUUACCACUGGAGUCUUAUAGUAAUAUGCCAUCCCGGUGAAGUUGCUGACUUUCAAGAUUCAGAUGCGAGGAAAACAUUAAAGUUGCCAUGCAUAUUGCAUAUGGAUUCUAUCCGAGGAAGUCAUUCUGGUCUGAAGGGGCUUAUUCAGAGUUAUUUGUGGGAAGAAUGGAAGGAGCGGCAAGCGGAUUCAUCUGAGGAUAUCUUCUUAAAAUUUUCAAAUAUGAGAUUCUUCUCACUUGAGCUCCCACAGCAGCAAAAUUUAUACGACUGUGGACUCUUCUUGCUGCACUAUGUGGAACUCUUUUUGGAAGGACAUCUUGUUAAUUUCAAUCCCCUCAAAGUGUCAAGUUUUUCUAACUUCCUUACUGCUAAUUGGUUUCAACCUGCUGAAGCUUCUCUUAAGCGAGCCUAUAUCCAAAGACUUAUAUAUGAUAUGUUAGAUGAUGGUUCUUCUGAACCGUGUCCAAGCAAUGGAGAAGAUGAGAAGUGUACCUCCAUGUAUCCUAAAUCUGUUGAUAAAGAUAGAACUGCUUCAGAGUUCCUCUCGGACGGAAGCAGUUUUUCAAAGGUUGUCCAUGAAAGUGUACCUUGUUCACAAGAUGGACAGGGGCUUGAAUUAAGCUUGUUACAUUCAUCUUUAGCUGAUAGUAUUCAAUCUGCUAAUGACUCUGGCUUCAUUUUAAGAGGACCUGGUGAGGCAGAAGCUGCUGUAGAAUCUUUGUGUCGAGCUUUUGAGAGGACUAGGGCAGAAGCUGCUGUAGAAUUUUUCUGUCAAGAUUUUGAGAAGACCAAGGCAGAAGGUGGCGUAGUAUCUUUCUGUCAAGCUUAUAAGAAGACAACCCCUUCUGAGGCAGAAACUGCUGGAGAAUCUUUCUGUCAAGCUUUUGAGAAGACAGCCCCCUCUGAGACAAAAGCCCCCUCUGAUGCAGAAGCUGCUGUAGAAUCUUUCUGUCAAGCAUCUGAGAAGAUAGCCGCCUCUGAGGCAGAAGCUGCAGUAAAAUCUUUCUGUCAAACUUUUGAGAGGUCAGCCCCCUCUGAGGUGUUUGAGAACUCGUCUAAGAGUAUUCAUUUUGUUAAUGACUCAGGCUUCGUUUCAAGAGGACGUGCUGAGGCAGAAGCUGCUGUAGAAUCUUUCUGUCAACCUCUUGAGCGGACCGCUUCCGCUGAGGAGUUUAAGAAUGCCUCUGAGAGUAUUCAACUUUUUAAUGACUCUGGCUUCGUUUCUAGAGGACCUGCUGAGGCAGAAACUGCUGUAGAAUCUUUCUGUCAAGCUUUUGAUCAGACAGCCCCCUCUGAGGAGUUUAAGAAUGGUUCCGAGAGUAUUCAGCCUGUUAAUGACUUUGGUUUUGUUUCCAGAGGACCUGCGAAGGCAGAGGCUGCUGUAGAAUCUUGCUGUCAAGAUUUUGAGCAGAAAGGCCACUCUGAGUGUAGUAAUGCCAUGCCACCAAUAGAGAUGGGCUUUGUUUCCAGAAGACCUGUUGAGGCAGAAGCUGCGGCAGAAUCUUUCGGUCAAGCUUUUGAGCAGACAGCCCCCUCUGAGGAGUCUAGAAAUGUGUCUGAGAAUAUUCAACCUAUUAAUGGCUCUAGCUUCGUUUCCAGAGGACUACCCAAGGCAGAACCUUUCUGUCAAGCUUUUGAGCAGACAGCCCCCUCUAAGGAGUUCAGGAAUGUGUCCGAGAGUAUUCAACCUGUUAAUGGCUCUAGCUUCAUUUCCAGAGGACUUGCCAAGGCAGAAGUUGCUGUAGAAUCUUUCUCUCAGGAUUUCGAGCCCCCAUCUGGGUGCAGUAAUGUCAUGCCACCAAUAGAGCAAGAGGAUAAGAGUUAUGAGCAUUCCCGCUGCUCGCCAUUGGGAACUACUGGGUUCCAGGAACCUAAAGCAUCUACUUCUGAAGCAUGUGUUGCUUAUUUAUCCAAAGAAUCUGGAGCAGAACCUUUGUGGGAUCGAGAAUCUAAUACAUGUCAGAAUGUGCUUGUGGACACUGACUCAUCCAAAGAAUCAAUCUGUGCAUCUGAUGAUUUUCUUAAAUCAGAAAAUGCAAUUCAUAGUAAAAUUGGAACAAAUCUCAGUAUGGAAGUGAAACUAGAUCAUCAUCAGCCUAAGUUUUCAUCACUGGGUAACUUGGAAUUAUUUGUGGACUUGCGGAUGCCGUCAAGUAGUGAUCAUAUGCUUAAUGGAAACAACACACUUUCCAAGAAUUGUGGAUCACCUCCCCGAAAUUGUGAUGCACUUGAAGAUAGGUCUGCAGCCUGUGCGCCAGGGCAAUGUAUUUGUGACGGCUUGGGUACCGGUGUGCAGCAGGCCACUAAGAAAAGGAGACUUGCACCUAUAAAAGAGGGGCCAAGUUCAGAUGAGGACUUGCACGAGUAAAAGUAUGUUUAUGAUGUCAUUAGUGUUAUCUCAGUUAUAUGAUACAGGAUUGUCAUCCAUUAGCAGCACAACAAUAUCAGAAGGGGAGAGAGUGGAGAAGAGAAUAGAGGAGAGAAGAGAAUAGAUGAGAAAGAGACUGAAAUUGUAUUUGCAUAAAAUGAAAAUAACAGCAUAGGUUCACUUUAAUACAACUGGCACCAAUAUUUGGCACUACUUCUAACUGAAAUUCCCGCCAAAUACUCACUACUUGACAGCUGUAUUAAAACUACAGAAUAGACUUGAACUGAAAUACUACAAUACUUUUGCACCCAUAUCAUAGUUUCCCCCUUAUAAAGACUUGGCCUCAAGUCUUUUGUGGAAUUGGGAAAGCUGGAAACUUAGCACUAAACACAGCAGCAACCUCCCACGUGGCCUCAGAAUCUGGUUGGCCCUCCCAUUGCACCAAAUACUGAAUUUGCGGCGCAUUUUGGAACUUGAUCAUACGGGUGUCCAGAAUUGCAGCAGGCAACAAAGACACACCACUAGAACUCUUGGACAAUCCUAUCCAAUCUGGCAAUACAACUGUAAAUGGACUAGGCCCAUGAUAUGCUUUAAGCUGUGAAACAUGAAAAACAUCAUGUAUUUGAGCAUCUUCAGGUAGCUGCAAUUUGUAGGCUGCUUUGCCUAUACAUUCCUUAACCAGAAAAGGACCAUAAUACUUUUGAGCCAGCUUUUGAUUGCCUCUGAACUUGACUGAAAACUGUUUAUAUGGCUGAAGUUUCAACCACACCCAUUCCCCCACUACAAAAACCCUCUCAGACCUGUGCUUAUCAGCCUGAUUUUUCAUCCUAACUUGGGCCUUCAACAGGUGCCCCUUUAAUGUAGUAAUCAUCUGUUCCCUUCUCUGCAUGCUUCUGUCCACAGCCUCAACUGGACACUCUCCUGGUAAAUAAGGCAGAUGGAGAGGAGGAGCUUGAUUAUAUACAAUUUCAUAAGGUGUUGCUUGAGUAGCAGAGUGGAAAUGAGUGUUAAACCACCAUUCUGAUAGAGGCAACCAGGCAGCCCACUCUUUAGGAACCUCAGCACACAUACACCUCAGAUAACCUUCUAAACAUCUGUUUACCACUUCUGUCUGACCAUCUGUUUGAGGAUGGUAGGAAGAAGAUAGCAAAAAAUCUGUACCAUGUAAUGUAAACAAAGCCUUCCAGAAUUUACUCAAAAAGAUAGGAUCCCUAUCACUCACAAUUGACCUAGGCCACCCAUGUAGUUUAAACACUUGAUCUAGAUAGGCUUGUGCCACUAAAGGUGCAGUGAAGUUAUGUGGUAGAGCUAUGAAAUGUGAGUACUUGCUCAAUCUAUCAACCACCACUAAAAUCACCUCUUUACCAUUAGAAUUUGGUAAACCAGUAAUGAAGUCCAUUGACACAUCAAUCCAGACCUCAUUAGGAAUUGGUAAAGGCUGCAGUAGUCCAGGAUAAGCACUGGUAUCAUAUUUGGAGGCUUGACAAAUAAGGCAUUGUUUUACAAACUGCCUCACAUCCUUUGACAUACCAGACCAAUAAAAAAGUUGUUGAAGCCUGUGUAAAGUGAUGUCUCUACCAGCAUGCCCUCCUUCAGGUGAAGAAUGCUGCCAAGCCAUUAAUGCUUUCCUUAAUUCCAGGUCCAAA